CAUUGGCAACACUGGUUCGAGUUGUUAUAGCCAUUUGUAGUUGAACACUUAACUUUAUUUUCUUAAAUUAUACGGGAAAAAAACCCAUAUUGCAGAAAAUUGGCAAAAAAGUACUAAUUUAAUUUUCAUAAGUAACAAGAAAAGACAACUAUGAAUCAUGGUGAAUGUUAUGAAAGGAGUUCUCGUCGAAUGUGAUCCUGCUAUGAAACAAUUCCUGCUCCACUUAGACGAGACUCUUGCACUCGGAAGGAAGUUUAUUCUGCAAGACCUUGACGACACACAUUUAUUUAUCUCAUCAGAUAUUGUGGAAACAUUACAAGCUCGAGUUGAUGAUUUAAUGGAUCAAUUGAGUAUACCGGUACAUGAUAAAGGACUGUAAAUAUGGCAUCCAGAGAAUCGGGUAGAGUUAAAGAAUCUGAGAAAAGGAGAAUACUUGACGAUGCCGCUAGGCAACGAAGAGCCAGGAAGGCCAUUGAGGCUCUGGAACAGGACAAUUUCCAUGAAGACCCGCAUGCAGAUCUGGUUAUGUCGAAAAAAGUCCCGAAAUUCGCAGAUUCCAAUGAGAAACCAACAAGAAAGAAGAAGACGAGAAGUGCGGAGUACUAUAAGAUGAGAUUUAGGAAAACUUUUGCACAGCUUGUGGAAGAAGAUGCAAGCAGUAGAGCUGAGCCUCCUAAUUAUUUGUCAGCACAAGCUCCACCAUCAAAGUUUCCGGACAGACAUUUCUGUGCUGUGUGCGGGUUCCCUUCAAACUACACUUGCCUUCCCUGCGGAGCUAGAUAUUGCUCUGCGAAAUGUCUUGGGACACACCUAGAUACACGAUGCCUCAAAUGGACUGCCUGAAUUGCUUUUCGCUUUUACUAUACUACUAUUUUAUAUUUCACAUCUCUUGAUUUAAUUCUUGUAAUUGAAAUUAAACUGAUGAAAAAUGUA